AAGGCCAGCAGCGGCAGUGCUGGGCAGGAGCCUCCCUCAGUGCCUCCACCUGCCCACCCUGCCUGCUCCCUUCACCCUUUGGUGCCUUCUGGGACAGCUGGAGGGAAAGAGAGAUGGAGCUGGGCAGGACUCAGAUAAAGCUUGACCCCAGGUACACAGCUGACCUUCUGGAGGUACUGAAAACCAAUUACAAUAUCCCUUCUGACUGCUUUUCUUACCCGCCCACUGCAGCCCAGCUCCUGAGAGCCUUGGGCCCUGUGGAGAUUACCCUCAGCUGCAUCCUGACCUUUCUUGCCCUGGGCUCAAUCGCCAUCUUCCUGGAGGAUGCUGUCUACCUGUACAAGAACACAAGCUGUCCCAUCAAGAGGAGGACUCUGCUCUGGAUGAGCUCUGCCCCCACGGUGGUGUCUAUAAUCUGCUGCUUUGGUCUCUGGAUCCCGCGUUCCCUCAUGCUUGUGGAACUGGUAACAACCUCGUUUUAUUCUCUGUGCUUUUACCUGCUGAUGAUGGUCAUGGUGGAAGGCUUUGGCGGGAAGGAGGCGGUACUGCGAGCAUUGAAGGACACGCCAAUGAUAAUCCACACAGGCCCCUGCUGCUGCUGCUGCUGCUGCUGCCCCCAGUUCGUGCUCACCAGGAAAAAGCUUAAGCUGCUGAUGUUGGGCCCAUUCCAAUAUGCUUUCUUCAAGAUCUCGCUGGGCCUCGUGGGUCUGUUUCUCAUCCCUGAUGGCAUCUAUGAUGCAGCAGACAUUUCCGAGAAGAGCACAGCACUAUGGAUCAACACUUUCCUCGGUGUGUCUACCCUGUUGGCUCUCUGGGCCCUGGGCAUCAUUUUCCGUCAGGCCAGGCUGCACCUGCGUGAGCAGAACAUGGGAGCCAAAUUUGCUCUGUUCCAGACACUUCUUAUCCUGAGUGCCCUUCAGCCUUCCAUUUUCUCGGUCUUGGCCAAUGGUGGGCAGAUUGCUUGUUCACCUCCCUAUUCCUCAAAGACCAGAUCUCAAGUGAUGAAUUGCCACCUCCUCAUACUAGAGAGUUUUCUGAUAACCGUGUUGACACGAAUGUACUACCGAAGGAAAGACCACAAGGUUGGGUAUGAAGCUUUCUCUUCUCUAGACGUGGACUCAAACCUCAAAGCCUGAGGGAGAUGACCUGAAUAAUGGAAAAGACACUGUACUCACUAGAGGAACACACGCUUUCUUUACUGCCCCUCAUCCUUGAUCAAACAGGGAAGGAUUCCUGUUGCCUAAACAAGGUGACAGGUCAUAUAUUUGACUAUGGAGAUGAGUUAUAUUGUGCAAUAGUAUGAAAAUGUUUGAAUAUUGCCCAGGGGAGAUACUUUAGGUUUUAUAAUAAAUAAACAGA